ACGCGGCGGAAGCCCGGCGAGAAUUCGAACGCGAGGCGGGAGGGCCGGCCAUGCUGAGCGACCCCGCGCAUCCACCGCAGCUGCUAGCGCGAGUGCUGAGCCCCGCGCUGCCUGGGGCAGGCGGCGCCGGUGGGCUCGUUCCGCUGCCCAGUGCAUCCGGAGGCCGGCCCAGUCCCCCGCACCCCGAGCUGCGCCUGGAGGCGCCCGGAGCCUCGGAGCCCCUGCAUCAUCACCCCUACAAGUACCCGGCCGCCGCCUACGACCACUACCUCGGGGCCAAGAGCCGGCCGGCACCCUACCCGUUGCCGGGCCUGCGGGGCCACGGCUACCACCCCCACGCGCAC